UACACCAAAUGCAAUAACAUCAAAAACAAAAAAUGUACAUUUUUAAAAGAAUUUCUGUGCAAAACAAGAACAUUAACACACAUCUAAUAUAAACAUUUGUAUGGUGUGCCUGUAAGGCUGUGUUGCUGUGUCCUUUCGGGUUGGUUCGUGUUCUUUCGGCAAUUUCCGGUGUUAUCUCCUUCAGACUUGAUGAAAAUACAAAGAACGGGAAGCCCUCCUCUCUCCGUAUUAACUGAGUCGAGUCCUUUGUGGUUACCUGAAUUUUUUGAGAACAUUUUAAAGAUUACCUGUAAAAAGUUCCGUUUGCGGAGAUUUCUGUCUGCUCCGUACAGGGCUCGGGUGAGGUCGGACCCACUCUGCCCGACGUCCUUUCUCGGUGACUUUCGGCUCUUGUCGUUCGAGGUAGGAAUGGACGAAGCGGACUCGGCCACGAAAGCGCUCGGGCUGGAUGAACCGCCCAUCGGCGAGCCGCCGGUGGAGGGAGUGGGCUCGGAUACCGAGUCGGAGGCCGAAGUUACCACGAUGGCUGUGAUGGCGGAACCGGGAAACAUCGGCUUAGGAGCCGAGUCCCUACCGAACCCAGACGAGGCCGAGGCUGCUUUUGCAGAUGUGACGGCAGUUACAGUGGGAGGCGUUCAUGCGACAGAGGACAAUGUUUUCACCACAACAGUCGCCACAUCUGGGAGUCUCCCUGAACACGUGCUGAGCGGUAGGACCACUCUCCAGCUGGGUGAAGGUCUCAGUACCCAGAAGGCUACUCUGAUUGUGGUUCACACUGACGGCAGCAUCGUGGAAGCAGCUGGCCUCAAGUCCACUGCCACCAUCACAUCAGGUCCACAGACUCCACCCACUCCUCUGACUCCACCCCAGGACAAAGACUCCUGCUCCAAGUACAACUGGGAUCCCUCAGUUUACAACAAUGAACUGCCUGUACGCUGCAGGAAUACCAGCGGACUUCUGUACAAAAACAGACUGGGAUCAGGGGGCAAAGGUCGCUGCAUCAAACACAACCAGCAGUGGUACACUCCCACUGAGUUUGAAGGUCUCGCAGGGCGAGCAAGCAGCAAAGACUGGAAGAGGAGCAUCAGAUAUGCUGGCAGACCUCUGCUCUGCCUCAUACAGGAGCGUAUCUUGAACCCCCAUGCUGCCUCCUGUACCUGUGCAGCCUGCUGUGAUGACCUGAUAGCGUGUCCGAAGGAGGGAGACUCUCUGGGAGAAGAAAAUAUCAGCAUGACCGGCCCCGUACGCCUCUUUGUCCCGUACAAGAGACGAAAGAAGGACACUGAGCCUGUGAUCAUUCCUGCCAAGAAGGAACUUCCUGCUACGAAGAACAUUACAUUGACUCCAGGAACCACAUUCACAGUGUCCCCAUCUGGGCAGUUCACUACUUCUGGGACCUUGACCUUUGACCGCACGCCAACAGGUGACGCUGCUGCUGCCAUCAUCUCAGAGGGCUCGGCACAGAGCGAGGUGUUUGCCAGCACUGCAGUGCUAACGGCAUUGCCAGCGUUAGCUGUUGCUCAUCAGCCAGUUCAGGCCAAAGUCGCAGUGGCAACUGCAGCGGCGUCUCCAUCGGCAGGGCUUGUGGCUGGGCUUGAUGUGGGGCCUAUUGGGGGAGCAGAGCCAAUAGUGAGCGAGGGGCAGAAGAACACUUGGAUAUACCUGGAGGAGAUGGCCAACACACUGCUGAACAAUGUCCAGCAGCUCAAGGCUCUGAUCGAACAGGCCAAAAACUCUGCAGGGGACCCUGUAGGGGUCAAAAGUAAUGGCGGCAGGAAGGAGUGUGGUCUUACCCAGCCGUUUCAGAACCAGAUCUCAUUUCAGCAGCCAGAUGACUCUGAAGCUAAGAGGGGCACUGAAAUCACUGAGAUCAUCAUCAAUCAGAUGUGCGUGAACUGUGGCCGGGUGGCGAUGAGUGAGUGCACGGGCUGUCACAAAGUCAACUACUGCUCCACAUUUUGCCAGAGGAAGGACUGGAAGGACCAUCAACACACCUGCUCUCAGUCAGCAGGGGGCAUGGCUGUCCAGCAGGAAGAGCCGAUCACAGCCAUUGACAUGGACAAAGUGAAGUGAAGGUGUAGCAGUUUAGGAAAAAGCGUGUGCAUUGUUUCAGUGAGGUUAACAGCUGCUGCAGACUGAAUGACCUAAACUGGGAGAAGAGGAGGGAUUUUAAACACACCUGCUUGAAAAUAGCAGUAUUUAGAGACUUUAGUGUGAAGGUUUUUUCUCAGGCUGACAUGUAAAAAAAAGGUCACUGAUGGAGUGAGAGCUGAAGUUAGACUAGACUGACUUAGCAUUUAUGAAAAGUAUUAAGGAGUGUUAUUUCAGCAGUAUCCAAUGAAGUGGUGGUUCUAACUAAUAUUUUCAUCAUAAAUUUAUCUUGUCCCUAAUUCUAUCAUAUUUUAGCGACUUUAUUACAUUGUGUCAUCAGUUGUCAUAUGGUCUAUAUCUUCCGUCAGCCACUGUUACCUCUCCGCUGUUGCCAUUUUACCUCGUUUACCUCAUUAUUUUCUAAAAACAGUCCUGAUUAAAGAGGACAUCUUCUUUUUUGUUAUUUAUGCAUGAGCACAGUGGCCACAUUUUGGGUUCAGUGUAUGUACAAGUGAGCCAAAAGUUCAGACUUCAAAGUGCUAAUAUGGUCAUCUCAGGAAAUCAGCUUUGGCUGCAACCUGCUAUUGAAUCCUUCUGUUUGAAAGGGAGAGCCAAUUAGAAGAAAGUUGGUCAAUCUUUUGACGUCUAUAUUUUGAUGAUGAAAAGCAAGCCAAUUAUUUUUAGAGUUAAAUAACAAUGUGUUUUGGGGGAAAUUUUUCAGUUGUUUUUUGUUUGUUUUUUUUUAUAUUUUUCAAAUUGAACUUUUUUGUCUCCUCAUGCAAAAACUUUGCAGAACAUUUUUCAGCAGACAGAAAUGACAUAUUUUGAUAUUGAAGAAUCGGGGUUGGUUAUCACUGAUGAGGAUUUAGAGAAUUUAAAGUUGAGGAGCUAUCUUUAAUUCAGGAUGAUGAAGUGACUUGAACAUGAAACAAACAAAACUGCUUUCCUGAAUGUUUUAAUUUUUUCUGGCAAAAACUAUGUAUGUAAAUUAUUAUUUUCUUACAUUUGUAUAUGUGUGUUAUUCUGUUGCUAUAGAGCCCUUGAAGUCCAGAAAGAAUGUACAGGUAUUAUAAGCAAUUGUAAAUAUAAAGGUAAAGAUCUUUUUUCUUUGUGUUUCACUGAUUAAUAAAAAAAAUAG